CUUUAGCGAUAUUGAAAAGUCGUAAUUGACGACACGAAACGGAAAACAUCGCUAUGUAUUAUGCGGGAUAUAUUUUUCUUCUUAUUAUUUGCUCAAAUUGUUUAGCCGUUAACAUAGAACGCAUAGAUGUUCCUCUAAUGGUGGAAUUAGGUACAGAGGCUGUGAUCCUCGACUGUCAGUAUACAACAAAGACACCUUCACCGGCCGGACUGGUGAUGAAGUGGUUUUUCAACGGACCCUCUGGCCUGGUAUAUCAAUGGAUUCCGCCAUUACGACCACAAGUAAUUGGCCUAUUAAAAGGAAAGGUUGAUUUGAAUUUUAAGAUUUCUGAUGAGCCCCUGCAUGCAUACAGAGGUAUUAAAAUCCUAAGGCCUUCCACGGACCUCAGUGGGAACUACACAUGUGUAGUGUCAACAUUUACUGAGGAAGACUCGCGCACACACACCAUGAUUGUGUAUAGUCCGGCAAAAAAGUUCCGUUUUAUCCAAAACAAGAAGUACGUGUUCCUAGUAACACUAAUUUGCUUCGCUCAAGAUUUAUAUCCAAAACCGAACAUGACGAUUUCAUCGCAGGGCAAGAUUCUAGAACAAUCUGUGAUGGAAAUAAAGAUGAACUCCUGGGGUCUUUACUCCGUGGCUGUGACUGUCGAGGUGCAUGAUGACGAGAUAAACGCGCCCUAUGAAGAAUUUGUAUGUGUAUUAUCAUUACCAAACACCAAUUAUACAAGAAAUCUUACAACCAUAUAUUAUCCAGGUUUAAUGCCUACCGCAUACACCGCGUAUGAAGUACAAAGACCUCAACAUCAUCAAGCCAGCGGAAGCAAGAGCAACGGUGUACUAUUUCAAUUGAUCGACUUGUUAUUUUUAAACCUGUGUAUUUUGUGUGAAUUUUUAUAA